AAAAGAGAAAAGACAAUGGGGAACAUUAUCAUGGUGAGAAAAAAGAAGGCGAAAGUAAUGAAGAUCGACGGCGAUACUUUCCGGCUCCAAACUCCAGCCCGAGUGAGCGACGCCACCAAAGAAUAUCCUGGCUUCGUGCUGUUUGACUCCGACUCCGUGAAAAGAUAUGGAGUUCGCGUCAAGCCGCUUGAGCCGAACCACAUCUUAGUGCCUAAUAAAACUUAUUUUCUAGUGGAGCUGCCUAACCUUCCGACGGAUGUGGUGGCAGAGGAAGGACAUAUGAGCAAUAAGCUUCCCUUCCGAAGAGUUAUGUCCGGUAUACAUGUUAGCGCCAAGGAGCGUCUUGAAAUGCUAAUGCUUUCCCGGAGGGCCGUUUCUGAUGUGGCUUUAGCAAGAUCUGACGGCGGAAAUGAGAUUGGGCCUGGACAGACGAGGGUGAGACUGAAGCUGCCUCGGUCUCAGAUCAUGAAGUUAAUGGGAGAGAGCCAAGAUGCACCUGAAGUCACGGAGAGGAUCAUUGCUCUCUACCGAGAGAGUUCCCGCGAGAUACAAGGCGGCCGAGAUAGCAAUGAUUUUCGUUGGGAACUUGGGGCUGAAGAUUUGAAGAACAACUACAAGGCCAGAGAGAAGCAUGUGAGCUUCGCGGAGAACGGAGGAAGAGGUGAGAUCUAUCUUAUUAAAACAGAAACAUUCUGUUGGACCUAACAUUUAUUUUGUAAGUUUUUAAAUUAAAUACUUUAUAGUUAAACCUAUAUUAAAUCACCAAUGUUCCUUUCUUUAUACUACUAUCCAUGUUUCCAAACAAUAUACUUAUUUCUUUAUACUACUAUCAAUGUUUCCAAACAAUAUAUUUUAUAUACUACUAUCAAUGUUUCCAAACAAUACAAUAAUUAAUCUUAGUUAUUUUAUAUCCAUCAUUUUCUCUUUAAAAUUUUGUAGAAACGUCAUAAUUUCAUAAAUUACAAAAUAAUAAACUUUAAAAUUUGGAUUAUAAGAUUACAAAUUAUGAAAAUAUUACAACUUCAA